AGCUGCCUUGUGUAUUGCGCUUGAGAAACGAAUUAAAUGUACAAAGCGGUCGGAGUGUAUUGCAUAGUAAUCUUAUUCAGGGGUACAGAGACAGGAGGGAGGUGUUGUUUAAUCGUGCAGAUGCUUUCUUAUGAUAAAAGUAGUGUGUUAUAUGUUUAAUUUCAUUCAUAAUUCUGCUGAGACAGAACCAUGGAGUCAGAAUUGGACCAAGUUCUAGAUUUAGUUGGCCAUGGCGGCUACAACGUGGUGAUAUUGCUAGUAAGCAGUACCAUCCACCUAGCCGCGACCCUGGAUCUGCUGAGCUUCUGCGUCACGGCGCCGGCGGCAAGCUGUGACCUGCAGCUCGGCAUGGCGGAGAUAAGCUUGCUCACUUCAAUUCCAUUUGCAGGCUACGUGUCGGCUUUGCCGUGGGGCUACUACGCAGACAUGCACGGUAGACGGAGAGCCAUAUUGGUAUCCGCGUCAGUCGGCUCCAUCCUUGGCAUAAUGACCAGCUUCGCGUCGUCAUUCACUAUGAUGCUGGUGCUCAAAUUUCUCGGCUGUACUUUUUCUACAGCCUGCAUCACGCUUACAAUCACAUAUCUUGGCGAGUGUACGUGCUCGAAAUAUCGCACUAAAUACAUGUUCAUUUUGAACUGUUUCAAUUUGGGCUCUGACCUCGUUUGCUAUGCGCUCGCAUAUUUCAUUCUUCGGAUGGAAUUUAACGUGGAUAUACCAUGGCUGGCGAUAUCGUACCGCCCUUGGCGCCUGUUCACGCUCUCCAUGUCUCUGAUGCUGGGCGCUGGUGCGGUCAUGAUGUUUUUCUUGCACGAGAGUCCAAAGUUCCUCGCGAACAAAGGAGAUGUUGAUCAGGCGUUGCAUGUGCUGAAAACAGCUUAUGGAGUCAAAGAAGGAACUGAAGAGUUAGUGACGAAUUCGCUACUAUUCGCUGACAAAAAAUUAGAUAGUACGAAAACCACAUUUUGGAAUUCAGUGGUUCAACAAACAGUACCAAUAUUCCAACCACCGCUGCUGAUUCAUACGGUACAACUGUUCUUCCUGCUGUCUGUGUGUUGCAGCACUAACAACGUAUUCUUCAUGUGGUUCCCGACGAUGGUGAACUCUUUCUUCAACUCGAUCGCCAGCGAUGACUCUAGUUUCUGCGAUAGGAUCACUUCUAACAUCACCACCACCAUAGAGAACAAUGUUGUAUGCGACAGCACAAUCUCCAACGCAACAAUUUUCUCAGGAAUGGCGUUCAGCACUUUCUUUACGAUCGUAAACUACGGCACCUCCCUCAUCUCCAACUACCGCAAAUCUGUAUUGAUCAUCACCUUGACUAUCGCUGGACUGAGCACCGUUAUCGUGGACUUAAUCUAUCAACCGAUUAUUAGCAUACUACUAUUUAUUCUCAUCCAGUUGGCCGGAGUUAGCGGAGGGAAUGUCUGUUCAUACUUUAAUGACGUAUAUCCCACAACUUAUAGGGGCUUAGGGACAAGUCUCGGCUCCAUGACAGCCAGGAUUUCGAGUAUGAUCGGUGUAUAUAUUGUGGGCAGCACUAUCGUGGACCAUUGUAGAAUCACUUUCUUCGCAUGGUCUAUAUUCGUUUUUGUUGGCGUUGCGGCGGCGUGGUCUCUACCUGCAGAAAAGAAAAAACUUAAUCCAAGCACGGAUCCGAGCUGAUAAAUACAGUUAGAUAUUGUAUUUUUUAGUACUUUGAUGGUUUUUGUAUUAAGGUUCCUAUCUACAGUCAGUCAAAGAACAAAUUCAAAAUUUCAAAUCGUCUUUAAACUUUUCUCUCCGUUUUAACAAUCGAUUUUUAUUUAAUAAAAAUAAAUUCAAAGGCCUUACAAUUUAGAUAAAAUAAUAUUUCGAUUGAAGUUGAUGUGUAGAAGCUUUUUUUUCAGCUAAGUACUUCUGUGGGUGACUUUACAAUGUAUUCGAUUGUAAUGUUUUGUAUGCAGUAUAUUUCGGAACUCGUAAUAAUUAUACAUAUAAUAAACUAUGUAAAUAAAACAAAACAAUAUA